GUAUGAAUUAGAUAGUUUAAAUCCCGAAUUAGAUGGUCGUGCACUGAUAAUUACAGGACUUAGUUAUGACCAAUUACAUAAAUAUGUUUGUAUUUCUACUGAUAAUAUAGAGUGCAUAAUUACUGUAUUGCAAAUCCAG